AUGGGAGAUGAAUCCUGGUUCUGCGGUUACGACCCUGAGGGUGACCACCAGGUGCUACUCUACCCCGAGCCCCUGACGCAGUUUGCGGGAUGGUGUUGCGUGCUGUUCACCGUUCUGGGCAUCCCGGGCAAUCUGAUUACCUUGUUGUCCCUGAGCCAGGAGAGGCGCCUUCGCUCAGCAACGACCGUUUUCGUGCUCAGCUUGGCUGCUGCGGACUUCCUGUUUUGCUCCAUCAACCUUCCACUGACGGCAUGUCGCUAUUUCCGACGAACCUGGCCCUUCGGCGACUCUCUCUGUGUUUUGUUCGGUCUGUUCUUCUACGGAAACAUGGCGGCCUCUAUCUUGUCCAUGAUGGCAAUCACAGUUACCAGAUUCAUGGUCGUUUAUUACCCCGUUCACUAUAAAGCUGUGUUUGCUCGAACAUCUGUGGUAGCUCUCAUGGUGGCCACACUUUGGGUCAUCAGUUUCCUAUCCCUCUUACCCACUCUUUCCCACGCUUGGGGACGCUUUGGCUUGGAACCGACCACAUUCUCCUGCACCAUUUUGCCAGAUGCGAAAGGCCACUCUCCCAAGAAACUGCUCUUCACACUUGGAUUUGUAGUGCCUUGCGUCGUGAUCCUUGUUUCCUACUCCUGCAUCUUCUUCAAGGUGAGAAAGAGCCACCGCAACAUAGCUGCUCAUUCGGCUACCGAAGGAGGUCAGGAAAGGUUCCGCAGGGACGAGAUGCGAAUUACCCGCCUCAUGCUCACGGUCUUCUGUCUGUUUCUCCUUUGUUUCCUGCCUCUCACGGCUGCGAACGUCUUCGACUCCACCAUCAAAUAUCCUGGCUUGCACGUGCUGGCUUCGGUGCUUGCCUGGAUGUCCUGCUGCGUCAACCCCAUUGUUUACGUGCUCGUCAACUACCAGUACCGGACUGCGUACAAAGCUUUCCUCUGCCACGCCCUGGAGGCUUGCAAACGUUUCAGUUCGCCUACGGCGCAAACACGCCCCGUGAAACCGAGCACGAAUGCUCACACGAGUGAAAUGUAAAUGGAGAAUGACGACGGAUGCUGGACACUGCCGUUUCUCAGGGACGAACGUGUGGAAAGUAAUGCAAAUGGAGAACUUCUUCAACUACUACUUCUAAGAUAUUGAGGUUUCUGGAACUAUGUGACAUCCUUGGUUGACAAUACACCUUUAAGCUAA